CAUAUUCCUCGGCGUCCGAAUAGAUUGCAGCCCUCUCCGUCAAAUCGAUCGCGAAUACACUGCCGCUUCGCUCCUCUUGGAGUGUUCUCCGUAUGCGUUCCGUCUCUUCCUCCUCUUGCGGCGAUCGGUAGCGCCGGAUCCGCGGGCCGCCGAUCUCAAUCUCCGCCCCCCGCGCCAUGGAAGUCGGCCCCAUCUCCUCCGCACCCCGCACCGUCGAGGAGAUCUUCAAGGACUACAGCAGCCGCCGCGCCGGCAUCGUCCGCGCCCUCACCCACGAUGUGGACGAGUUCUACGCCCAGUGCGAUCCGGAGAAGGAGAACCUGUGUCUGUACGGACACCCCAACGACUCGUGGGAGGUGAACCUCCCGGCGGAGGAGGUGCCGCCGGAGCUGCCGGAGCCGGCGCUCGGGAUCAAUUUCGCGAGGGAUGGGAUGAAUCGCCGCGACUGGCUCUCGCUCAUCGCCGUGCACAGCGACUCCUGGCUCUUGUCUGUUGCUUUCUAUCUUGGGGCGCGCCUCAACCGGAACGAGAGGAAACGUUUAUUUAGCAUGAUCAAUGAACUUCCGACUGUUUUUGAAGUUGUCUCAGAUAGGAGACAGUCAAAGGAGAAGUCUAGCAUGGACAGUGCUAGUAAAUCUAAACUCGCAACCAAGAGAUCAAGUGAUGGACAGAUUAAAAGCAACUCGAGGACAGCUGAUGAGGGUUAUGGUGAGGAAGAUGAUGAACACAGCGAAACCCUUUGUGGAACUUGUGGUGGAAGUUAUAGUGCGGAUGAAUUUUGGAUUGCCUGUGAUGUAUGUGAAAGGUGGUUCCAUGGGAAGUGUGUGAAGAUAACUCCUGCAAAAGCUGAGAGUAUAAAGCAGUACAAGUGCCCCAGUUGCAGUUCAAAGAAAGGAAGGCAGUAAGAAUUCGUUUACCAAGUAAAUCAUAUUCCUCCAUUGCAAACCAAGUAAACCCUUGAGACUUAGUUUCCCGUGAUGUUAACUGUAGUCACUAAGUAGUGGUAGGGCCUGUCAAACUGUUCUCAUCCGAUACAGAAUUGCAAUGCUGAAGAAGUUUUUAUCAUUGUUAUCUGUAAUUUAUAUUAGAUCUGGAUUCACGUAUAACUAGUCUUCUCCCUGUUUCUUUCCCUGGAAAAUUGUGGGUUACUUGCUUGAUUUCA